UGAGAGCGCACGAGAGGAAAAGGAAGGCGGGAGACCGGCAGGCGAGCUCAAGGGCUGAGUAAAGUGAAUGCCUUAACCCACUGUCAGAGAUAACAUACUUGGAGACAGAGACAGUCAAGUCAGUCACCUGCACUAGUGUUGAGUGUUGUAUCUGAUUCAGUGGGAGGGUUUUUGCUGGGUGUGUAUUAGUUUGACAGUUUCCGAAGAGCAUAGAUGCCUGAGUAGGCUAAUGGUUACUACUCAGACGCAGCAACUCACCUCAGCGUAUAUCCUCCUGAAUUUCCUAGCCCGAGCAGACACGGCACAGGUGGCAUCAGCAGCGAGACGGUGUUCGCUACACACCUGAGCCAGCAUUUGGACUUCGUCGACUCUGCUCCUGAAGAGGACUUUUUGUGGUCAGCGAUCCGCCUGCAUCCAACCCAAUGCCCUGUGCACAAAGCAACUUCAGUCUCUUUUGGGAAAGGCGUUGCAUGCACAGGCAUUUAAUGACAUUGACUCCAGUUUCCAGUAAAGUUUAUUUCAUGACUUCUGCGACAAUUGCGCCAUAAUUUUUGACAGCAGUAACUACACAGAAUAUUGCAUCCAGUGACAACAUGGAUAACAGCCCUGGGAGUGUGAUCCUCUACGCUGGCUCCUCCGGCAGUGGUAGCCCCAGCCCUGGCAGCCCUUCCAGCGGGUACCAGACGCAGUCUCCCUCCUCCCACUCCCAGCCGUCCUCCCCAGAGGAGGUGACCUUCACCGAGAUCGGGGCGCUGAAGCACCAGCAGCAGCAGCAUCACCAUCACCGGGAGCAACAGCACCAUCAGCAUCAUCACCACCAGCAGCAGCAGCACUACCAGAGGGGACUGACCAGCAAUGGACCUUCACCCUCUAACAAGCUGGUCUUCCAGUUCCCAGACAUCUACAGCAGUUCUGCUAACGGCCCCAACUCCGGCUGCGCCCCUGCUCAGCACACCUACAACCACCCCAUUGCAGCCAAGAGGCCAUGCACCUUCACUGGCACAUUUACAAAGACGGGAGGGAUGGUGCUGCUCUGCAAAGUGUGCGGUGACAUUGCCUCUGGCUUCCACUAUGGAGUGCACGCCUGUGAGGGUUGCAAGGGCUUUUUCCGCCGCAGCAUCCAGCAGAACAUCAACUACAAGAUGUGCGUGAAGAACGAGAAGUGCCUCAUCAUGCGCAUGAACCGUAACCGGUGUCAGCACUGCCGCUUCAAGAAGUGCCUGGGCGUGGGCAUGUCCCGAGAUGCUGUGCGUUUCGGGCGCAUCCCAAAGAGGGAGAAGCAGCGUCUUCUGGACGAGAUGCAGAGCUACAUGAACAGCCUGAACGAGGCGUCUCCACUGGAGAUGGAGCCCUCCACGCCACAGGGGGCCCCGGCGAGCCCUGCUGAGCACCCGUCCAAAGAGUCCAUCGGGGCCAUCUCCCGCGCCUACCAGGACAUCUUCACCACCGUGCAGGACCGCAUCACCAAGAGGGAGGAGUUGGGGGGCACCAACGGCUCCGCGGCUGCUGCCGCUUCUCCGUUUUCCUUCGGCAGCAACGCUCAAACUCAAGAUGCUAACCACCCCAACCAUGGCCAUGGCCACGCCAACUCUGUGCCCGCAUUCCACUCCUCCUACACGGUUACCGGCGCCCGCUGCCCGGUGGCUACUGGUGGCAACAACAACAACAAGACCUGCCCCAUCACUGGUGCCGCUUCCGCUUCCAUGGACAAUGGUCGCUAUGGUUACUCUGCUGCAUCUAAUCAGAAUCAGAACCAGAGCCACUGCCCAGUGGCCAGCGUAGAGCCACACAAACAGGCCAACACGACCUCCGCUUCUCAGCAGUAUAACAACCACUCCAUGCCACAGACCCAGACCCAGGGGCAGGGACAGGGACAGGGGCAGGGGCAGGGCUGCCCGUGGAAGCUGGCUGCCGGCUCCAAAGUGCUGGCCUGCCCCCUGAACGCAUGCCCAGUCUCCUCACCAGACGCCUCCAGUCAGGAGGUGUGGGAGUCCUUCUCGCAGUGCUUCACGCCGGCCGUGCGGGAGGUGGUGGAGUUUGCCAAGGGCAUCCCCGGCUUCCAGGACCUCUGCCAGCACGACCAGGUCAUGCUGCUGAAGGCCGGCACCUUCCAGGUGCUGAUGGUGAGGUUCUGCUCGCUGUUCAAUGCGCAGGACAGGUCGGUGACCUUCCUGAACGGCAAGACCUACCCGCUGGGGGCGGUGCGGGCCCUUGGCAUGGGCUCUCUGUUGGACACCAUGUUUGAGUUCAGCGAGAAGUUGGGCUCGCUGGGCCUGGAGGCCGACGAGAUGGCGCUCUUCAUGGCCGUGGUGCUCGUCUCAGCAGACCGUACAGGCAUCCAGGACAUGAGUGCCCUGGAGCAGCUGCAGGAGGGCCUGAUCCGGGCCCUGCGCUCUCUCAUGACGCGCCGUCGCCCCGACGACAGCACAGUGUUCCCCAAGCUGCUCCUGCGCCUGCCCGACCUGCGCACCCUCAACAACCUGCACUCGGACAAACUGCUGGCCUUCCGCAUAGACCCCUGAACACGCGGCACUGAACACUCCCCCAUCCGUCACGGGAGCAGCAAGGGGCCUAAAAUGAGGGGCCACUCUGACAAUCUGGCUGUCUGAUUUCCACAUAGACCCUGGCCUGAAGACAAUCUGGCUGUCUGCCUGCCUGUCUGUCUCGUCUGUUUGUGGCUGGGCAGUUUUAGACCCACGAACCGCCACAGGGACAUGGGGGGUUGAGCACAGGCUUCCAUGUCUGUCUCACUCUCUGGGCAGUUUAGGCCAAUGGGCUUUCCCCAAGGGGGCAAGGGACAUGAGGGCAGACAUGCGGUCUCUGUCUGUCUGUCUCUCUCUCUGUCUGUCAGUCAGUCUCUCUGUCUGGGCAGUUUAGCAGUUAAGCACCUGCUCCUCCUCCUCCUCAUCCUCCUCUUCUCCUCCUACCAGAGGCAGGAUAUCCUCUGGAGUCAGUGAGGGAAGACUUAACUCCUCAUUUGUUUCAUCCUCAAGAAGGAGCAACGAGACAGGAGUGAUUGUGCUCCCCUGCUCUCCCUUCUUCUCCACUCAGCACAGGAUAGCACAGCACAGCACAGCACAGCACAGACUCGUUUUGAGAGACAAGAAGACAAGUCGAUCCUUGUCAACAAGAGGGAGAAGGAAAAAGGCAUAAAGGAAAGACAAUGGCUACACUGUUGUCUCAGCUGGUUGAAGACACAUGUGCAGCUGGCAGAUAGAAACGUCUUUAUUUGUCCAAGACUUCCUCAGAUACUUUGUUCAUUCACCAAUGGGAGAGAUUGUUAUAUAUGAUUCACCGUUUUACCCUCCAACAAACCAGUCUCAUCAAGCAGUGUUGUGUGUGUUUUUUUAAGGGAGUCGGCAUUGUCAGAGCUCAGAGUGGGGUGGACAUUGCCUUUCACUCACUGCUCUUGUCAAUUGCUCUUCCUCUGACAAUCUAGAAGGUACCUCAUCCUCUCUCAAGAGACAUUUCAAAGACCAAAAAAACCUGAAAAUGUCCUCAUCACCUCAGCAACCCUUCUCAACCUAUUCCUAAUGCUCUAUGUGAACCUCCUGCACCGGCUAUCACUUUCUGUAGGACGUCACACGACACACAUACAUCAAAUUAACUUAGGGACCAUGUGUGUAUGUGUUGCGUUUGUGUGUCUCAGUGCUUGUAUUAUAAGACAAAAGGGAAUCUUGUACAUAAGAGAUAUGUAUGUAUAAAAGAAGACUAUCUAAAGCACAAUAUGAUCACAUUAUUACAUCCAGUACUACUACUGCUACUGUCUUACAUGAACACACCUAUGAGUUAAAUGUUAGAAAUUGCACCUUUCUUCAUAGGAUAAAGUGCACAAAUAAGAGAGUUAUGUACCCUCAGUAUGUUGGCAACGAAGUGUGACAAAGUGUUUCAUGUGUUCACGCGCGUCUCGAUGUGUUUUAGACAUUUCUCCUUUACCACUCCUGCAAAUACAUUGGGCCCUUUAAGAAGCAAACCAGCAAAUGUUUUAAAUGUAUUUUGCAUGUUGAAUUUUAUAGAACAUUGUAUGUGGGGAAAGAAGAUAUACAUUUUAAGUGUUUCAAUCUUUAAACUCUAAACACAAGAUGAGAUGAUGCAUAUAAGAUAGAGCUGUAAAGCUGCCUUUCUUUUGGCAUAGGCAUUGUUUAUGGUUGAAAAAAAGAGAUUUGACAUUUUUUUUGUCACAUUAUAAGUGCAAAAGUUUGAGCAUACCUGCUUUACACUCAGUUUUUCAUGGAUAGCUAUGCUUUGUUGAUGUACAGUACAGUAUUAAUAUCAACACAUAAUGAGAAAUAUUAAGCCGUUAGUUAUGGAAGCUCAAAGUGUAAUACCUGCAAUGUCGGU